AUACAAACGAGUAGUAAAAAUUAUUUACGGUCUCUGUCGACUCUAAAGUCGGAGACCGUCCGUUGACAUCUGCGGAGACCGUGUCUUGUCCGAUAACUACUGUCCGAAAUAUACUCCUAUUAUCAGCCACAGAUGCAACGUGACUUCUGAAUAACGCUGUGUAAAAAUGAAGUUGUAUACAGACGAAGGAAACUUUCAGACAUUAAAGUUAUUUGUGGCAGGUGAAAUCAGUAAUGUUCCAUUAGAAGUGAUAUAUGUGAACAGUGAUGAACGUGUUGUGAAAUAUUUGAGUGAAAGAAGAUUACCGGUCCUUGAAGUGCAUCCUGACAAGUUCCUGUUCUCAUGUAAUGCUGCAGCAAGAUUUUUACUAUCAGAUGUUGUUGUAGAGGAUAAUGAAUCAGCUGUAGAUCAGUGGUUAGACUGGGAGAGUGCAUGCCUCUUUCCAUCAGUGUUUUCUUACUUGCUUACAAGUGUAGAGAAAAAUAAGACAGAUGAUAGUCUCAUACAGAAUGUGAAGUCUCACAUAAAACACCUUGAUACAGAGCUUAAAGGAAAAGAAUAUAUUGCUGGGGAGCAAUUGACAGUUGCUGAUAUAGCUAUAUUUGCCACACUGUAUCCAGCAUUUUCAGGAAAGCUAGCUAUUAAAGGCUUUGGCACAGAAUUCCCAGCAGCACAAAAAUGGUUGUCUGCCCUUUCAGUGAAACCAGAAUUUCAGAUGGCAGUAAAGGCAGUGUACAGGGAAGGUGACAUAGCAGUCCUGAAAGAUUCACUAACAAAACAGUCAGCUCCCUUGAGGCAUAAAGAAGUGCAGCUGAAACAGCAAAUCCAGAAACAGCCUAGCAAAACUAAAGAAGAACCUGCUGUUUCUGAAAAGGUGAUAGCUGAUCCGGUAGAAGUGGAAGCUGCAACUAAAGCUUGGCUAAAUGGCAAGAAAGUCUGCCCUGAACCACUAGAAAGGAAACAUCCUAUAUUACCUGAGAAAGGUAGACGUAAUAUGCUUAUAACAAGUGCAUUACCAUAUGUCAACAAUGUACCUCAUCUAGGAAAUAUCAUUGGUUGUGUUCUUAGUGCAGAUGUCUUUUCAAGGUAUUGCCGACUAAGGAAUUACAACUGUUUAUAUGUUUGUGGGACUGAUGAAUAUGGUACAGCAACAGAAACUAAAGCUAUAGCUGAAGGUUUAACUCCUCAACAGAUAUGUGAUAAAUACACAGAGAUACAUAGACAGAUAUAUAACUGGUUCAACAUUGAUUUUGACUACUUUGGUAGAACAACAACAAAACAACAAACCAGUAUAGCACAGGAUAUAUUUUGGCAACUGCACAAGAAAGGGUUUAUAUGUAAGGACAGUGUAGAACAGUUACACUGCAAAAACUGUGAUAGGUUUCUAGCUGACAGAUUUGUUGAGGGUAUAUGUCCAUUGUGUUCAUUUGAAGAUGCUAGAGGAGACCAGUGUGAUGCCUGUGGUAAACUAAUUAAUGCCACAGAGCUUCUCAAACCUAAAUGUAAAUUGUGCAAGAACUCGCCAGAAGUGCGCUCCAGUGAUCACUUGUUUCUAGAUCUACCUAAGGUUGAGCCUAAGCUUCAAUCCCACUUGACCAAGGUGUUUGCUUCUGGUACAUGGACAAACAAUGCCAAGGUCAUCACUAACUCAUGGAUCCGAGAUGGUCUCAAACCUAGAUGUAUCAGUCGAGAUUUGAAAUGGGGGACCCCUGUGCCUCUAGAGGGAUACACUGAUAAGGUGUUUUAUGUUUGGUUUGAUGCUCCAAUUGGCUACAUUUCAAUCACUGCUAAUUAUACAGAGCAAUGGGAGAGCUGGUGGAAAAAUGCUGACAAUGUAGAGAUGUAUAAUUUCCUCGGCAAGGAUAAUGUGCCAUUUCAUAGUGUCAUAUUUCCUGCUACUCUACUAGGAGCUGAUGAUAACUACACUAUUGUCAAUCAUAUGUCAGCCACAGAGUAUUUGAACUAUGAAGAUGGAAAAUUCUCAAAGAGUCGAGAGACAGGUGUAUUUGGUGACCAGGCUAGAGACACUGGGAUACCUGCUGAUAUUUAUAGAUUUUAUCUCCUCUUUGUCAGACCAGAAACACAGGAUAGCAGUUUCAGCUGGGAUGACUUCCUUUUGAAGAAUAAUAGCGAGCUACUGAAUAAUCUUGGCAACUUCAUAAACAGAGCUUUAAUGUUUGUGAGCAACAGUUUUGGUGGUGUUAUACAGGAGAUGGUGUUGACUGUUGAUGACUAUAAUCUUCUAGCAUUAGUCAACAGGGAGCUACAGACAUAUAUAGACAAUAUGGAGUCUGCAAGAUUAAGGGACUCCAUCAGAAAUAUUCUGAACAUUUCACGACUUGGCAACCAGUUCAUGCAGGAAAACAAGCCCUGGUUGCUUGUUAAAGGAAGUGAUACUGAUAAGCGACGAGCUGGGAGUGUAGUGAGUCUUGCAGCAAAUAUUUCCUGUCUAUUGUCAGUGUUGGUUCAACCAUACAUGCCUCAGAUUAGUGCUACAAUACAGGGUCAGCUAAAUGCUCCAUCUUCCUGUAAUGCAGUGUAUCAAGAUUUUGUAUGUCAUUUACCUCCUGGACAUAAGAUAGGAACACCUUCACCAUUGUUCCAAAAGAUUGAAGCAUCACUGAUUGCUGAAUUGAAGAAAAAGUUUGCUGGCAAGGGACCUGUCCCAUCAAGUAAAGCUACGGGUAAAAAAGGAGGUGAACAGAAGACGGGUGUUGCAGCAAGUCCAGAAGAAAUAGAGAAGUUACAGGCAGCUGUAACAUCACAGGGUAACAAGGUUAGAGAAUUAAAGACAAAUAAAGCAGAGAAGGUAAUUGUGGACGCGGAAGUCAAGAAAUUGCUUGAUUUAAAGAAACAACUUGCUGUUGCCCAGGGCAACGAUCCUGAACCAGCUAAAGGUGGAGGAAAGAAAAAAGGCAAAAAAUAGAAAUGGAGUAAAAUAAAUAGGGCUGUGAAGUGCAAAGUUUGGUUUUUUCAGAAACCCAGAUUUGUGACAGUUGUUAAGGAUAUAUAUAUUUAUUAUUACUUUCGAGUGGCCCCUGACAUUUUAACAGGAUAUUAAUGGGGAAAAUGCAUUAAAAUAUAAUACAAGCUGAAAAUAUGGCAAUUUUUUAUUCACCUGGGCAUAAAAAGCUCUACUGUGAGCUAUUGUGAGCCUCAGAUGUUUGUUGCAUUUUGUGAUUCAAUAUACAUUGUUCAUUAUUUGUUCAAAAAUACCUUCUUUGAAACUACAAGGUACAUUUAGAUGAACUUUACAGAAAUUUCCUUCAAGUGGUUCUUCUGCAAAUGGUUCAAGUUUGAUAAAGAACUUGUAGUUCAAAGAAUUAAAAGUGAAAUCUGUAGAAUCUGUCAAAUUACCAGGCUCAGGUCAUAAAGAUUUGGCCUGUAACAUUGCCUAGUGGUCCUCCUCUAGUUAUUUUCAUAAUGCCCCUGGAGUCAAAUUUUGUCUGGCUGAUUGUAUCAUAUGUUUCAAAUAUAUUACUGUAUUUCUAGAAAUUUUUGUGGAAACAAUACAUGCCUUUUCCCAGUGUUACUAUGGUACAGGUUACCAGACCCAUUCCCAAUACCAAAUAUGCUUAUUUUUUCCCAAUCUAAAAAGAAAACCUUCCCAAACGAACUGAAAUUCUAGAUAUCAAAACUGACAAAUUUGCUAUCAGACAGAUGUUUCCACACAUUUCAAUGUCAAAUUUUAAUGUAUUAUUUAUGCUUUGAAUUAUAUUUGCAUUGGUUGGAUUAAACAAUUUUGCACAAUUCAAAA